AUCGGGCCUGCGAUCGGCAGGAGCUGGCGUCCGAAAAAAGUGCCCGGGCGUCAGAGAUCAGGCAGCGAGAUGCCGAAGCUUCUGAAGCUGCAGGUAGCAAGAUUGUAGCACUUGAGAACAAGGUUCAACUGCAACAAGACCAGCUGAAACAACUGCGCGCCGCGCGAGAUAAUAUCCUCGCGUCACAACAGGACCUACCGGGGACGGCUUUGGAGGACGAAGACUUGUCCCCGCGGCAAAUGAUGUCUGACAGGCAGUGUCGUUACCUCCUGGCGCAGUUGCGGAUCUUGCUGCGGCAUAGUCAGGAG